UCACCCAUUCUUCCAUUUACAACCUUCCCUUCUCUCUCUCUUUCUCUCUCUCUCUCUCGCUUCUUCUUCUUCUUCAACUUCUUAUUUGUCCCAUCUUUUUUGUUAACGGUAGCAUCAACAACCAUGGUUGUUCUGUCUCAGCCAGUAAUAAACAAGUUCUUUUUUGUGAAUGCAUGCAAGCCCACCACCUUGUUCACAGGAAUUCCAGAGGUUGACCUCUCGGACCCUGAGGCCAAGACCCUCAUAGUCAACGCCUGCAAAGACUUCGGUUUCUUUAAGGUAGUGAACCACGGUGUUCCAUUAGAGUUCAUGUCCAAUUUGGAAAACGAAGCCCUCAGGUUUUUCAGACAACCUCAGUCUGAAAAAGACAAGGCAGGUCCUCCUGACCCUUUUGGCUACGGAAGCAAGAGGAUUGGCUCAAACGGUGACGUUGGUUGGCUCGAAUACCUUCUCCUCACAACCAACCCUGAUGUCAUAUCCCCCAAAUCACUUUCCAUUUUCCGGGAAAACCCAGAAAAUUUCCGUUCUGCUAUGGAAGAUUAUAUUGAUGCAGUGAAGAAGAUGUGCUAUGUGGUGUUGGAAUCAAUGGCUGAUGGGUUGGGGAUUGGAGCAAGGAAUGUGUUCAGCAAGUUAGUGAAGGAUGAGAGAAGCGAUUCUUGUUUCAGAAUUAACCAUUACCCACCAUGCCCAGAGGUACAAGCAUUGAAGGGACGAAAUUUGGUUGGGUUUGGGGAACACACAGACCCACAGAUAAUUUCUGUCUUAAGAUCUAACAGCACAUCAGGGUUGCAAAUCUGUCUCCCUGAUGGCACUUGGGUUUCAGUCCCACCUGAUCACACUUCAUUUUUCAUCAAUGUUGGUGACUCUCUUCAGGUGAUGACCAAUGGGAGGUUUAAAAGUGUAAAGCAUAGGGUUUUGGCUGACACAGAAGAGUCAAGGUUGUCAAUGAUCUACUUUGGAGGACCACCCUUGAGUGAAAAGAUAGCGCCUGUACCCUCACUCAUGUUAAAAGAUGAGGAGAGUUUGUAUAAAGAGUUCACAUGGUGGGAAUACAAGAAGGCUGCGUAUAAUUCAAGGCUUGCUGACAAUAGGCUUGGGCAAUUUGAAAAAUAUGCUGUCUAAUUAGGCUAUGAGAAUAUCAAAAUUCCCCCUGCACUUUGGCUCAUGUUAGGCCUUUUGUGAGUGUUUGAGUGUGUGUCUAGGUUUCAAAUAGUUGACUCUACUUGACAUAUAUAGAAAAAGAAUAGGUUGUUUAUGAUGUUAUAUUCCUUUUUAUCUUUUUUCUUUUUCUUGUUUGGUUGAAAUGUAACUGUCA